CCCUUCUCUGCCGAUGCAUAAGCAAGGAAAACAAUCGGCACUGCUAGUCUAGCACAGCACCCUCCUUUGUUCUCUCGUCUGUACUCAAUCCAAGCCGUUCCUUUCCUUCUUUCUCUCUGUCCUGCUCCUCCCCCUACCCUUACUUUACUAUACCCUUGCCCAACGUGCCCCUACCCCAUUCUAAUGCCACCAUCCCAGACAGCGGCGCAGAGUGUGCCCUCCACUCCUCCGCUGCAGCUAUCACCAUCUUUACUCGAAUGGAGCUCCUCUGUACUAUCGGCACCGAGACCUAUGCCUGUCUGGACUCUUUUCAUACCUAUGGUUUCGGUCCUCUGCAUCGACUUUCUCCUCCAAAUCGCAGCAACAACACUGAGCUCUUCAGAUGACCUUCAGGACGGCACUCCACCGGACAGGACAGUCCACAACACCGAACAGUUUCUCCCAAUAGCACAGAUUGCUGUCGACAUUCUGACAGGAGGACUCUACUGUACAUUCAUCUAUCCCAAUACACUUACCCACAUCUACUCCACUAUGACCCACCACAGGCGACCAAGCACUACCAAGACAAGGAGAUCAACAGUAGAUAACGCACGGAUGGGGGUCGUUGCCAUACUGGCUACAGCAUACGUUUACUUUGCCGCCCAGGGCAUUUACAAUAAUGUACACCACAGCCAGCGCGGUUUCAUGGGAUGGGUGAUUGUUGUGCUGAAUAUAUCCAUGGUCCUGCUACUUGCGAUUGACUGCCGGAUUCAAUGGCGGAAUAGAGUGGAUCGCAAGCAGGCUCCAUUGCAGAUGGAUCCAAUUCAAGACUAUCAGCAGCAGCGCGCUCUCGCAGAGAUGCGGAUGACUGGCAGUACAACGUGGACAGAGAUAGGGCAGGAUACCUUGCCGAGAUAUGAGACGAGUUAUGUCCACGAGGGUCGAUCAAUUGGAGCAGAUGCACCAGUGUACGCACCGCAGGCUGCAGUCUCGAUGUCAAUACCGGCAGAGACACCAGAGUCAGAUGAACAAGGCAGGAGAGCAGAAUCGAUAGUGCAGCCUGGCGGAGAGCAUGGUUCUGAACAGGGUCCCUACCCUUCUCUGAGCACCCCACUUUCUGAAUCACCACUUUGUUCGUCAUAAAGGAACGAUGGUGCAAAAAGCAUUGGAUGUAUACGAUAGUUGUGUGUGUUCUUCGGGCAAAAGUUUUCUCUUUCAGGCGCUGCCUUGCCAUUUUCCUCCCAUUGUAAUGGCGAAGCGUUGGCGUCAGUGCGAUUCAUUUGUUUGGGGUGUAUUUCCCGAAACGGUACAACGCUCUGUGCUC